AAAAAUGGAGUAUAUGACAGAACCCGUGAAGCACACACCUGGACACAUCUUGUGCUGCGACUGUGGUGCCCCGAUUAGUCCAAAUCCUGCCAGUAUUUGCGUGGCUUGUCUGCGAAAUAAAGUAGAUAUCAGCCAAGGCAUUCCGAAACAAGUAUCUUUCAGCAAACAAUGUCAAAGGUAUUUCCAGCCACCAGGAACUUGGGCACAACGUGCCUUAGAAUCCAGGGAACUUCUUGCUUUGUGUUUGAAAAAAAUCAAAGCCCCUCUGAGUAAGGUACGUCUUGCAGAUGCAAGCUUUGUUUGGACUGAGCCCCAUUCUAAGAGACUUAAAGUUAAACUAACUAUUCAGAAAGAGGUGAUGAAUGGUGCUAUCCUUCAGCAAGUGUUUGUGGUGGAUUAUGUUGUUCAGCCCCAGGUGUGUGGAGAUUGCCAUAGAGUGGAAGCUAAGGAUUUCUGGAAGGCUGUGGUUCAAGUCAGGCAAAAGACUUUGCAAAAAACUUUCUACUAUCUGGAACAGCUGAUUUUGAAAUAUGGCAUGCACCAGAAUACACUUCGUAUCAGAGAGAUUCAUGAUGGUCUGGAUUUCUAUUAUUCCUCAAAACAACAUGCUCAGAAGAUGGUAGAAUUUCUUCAGUGUACUGUUCCCACUAGAUACAAAGCCUCACAGAGACUGAUCUCUCAGGAUAUCGAUAGUAACACAUACAAUUACAAAAGCACCUUUUCUGUGGAAAUUGUUCCAAUAUGCAAGGAUAAUGUUGUUUGUCUGUCUCCAAAACUGGCACAAAGCCUGGGAAACAUGAACCAGAUUUGUGUGUGUGUUCGAGUAACCAGCGUCAUCCAUCUCAUAGAUCCAAAUACCCUACAAGUUGCAGAUAUUGAUGGGAACACUUUCUGGAGUCACCCUUUCCAUAGUUUACGCCAUCCCAAACAGCUAGAGGAGUUUAUUGUUAUGGAAUGCAGUGUAGUCCGAGAUCUAAAACGCAGUGCAGGUGCUGGAAUGGUAUCAAAAAAGCAUACCCUCGGGGAAGUCUGGGUACAGAAAACAUCUGAAAUGAAUACAGAUAAACAGUAUUUUUGUCGCACUCAUUUGGGACAUCUAAAUCCUGGAGACCUGCUGUUGGGGUUUGAUCUGGCCAACUGCAACUUAAAUGAUGGACAUGUCAACAAAAUGAAAUCAGAUAGAGUCCUAGAUGUGGCGUUAAUCAAGAAGAGCUAUGACCGUACCAAAUGUCAGUGUCUUAGAAACUGGCAACUGAAAGAGCUUGCAAGAGAUAGAGAAAACAUGGAUACAGAUGAUGAAAGGCAAUACCAAGAUUUCCUUGAAGAUCUUGAAGAAGAUGAGGCAAUUAGAAAAAAUGUGCAUAUUUAUAGAGAUUCAACGAUUCCUGUGGAAAGUGACACCGAUGAUGAAGGAGCACCUCGAAUUAGUCUGGCUGAGAUGCUUGAAGACCUUCACAUUUCCCAAGAUGCUACUGGUGAAGAAGGUGAAUCGAUGAUGACCUAAUGAGAUCAUGUU